AUGAGCUUCGUCACCCGCCGAGCGCUCUCGACGCUCAUCCCCCCCAAGGCCAUUGGCGCUGCUCCUGAUGCUAUCCGCAUGCAGCGUGUCGUCAGCUUCUACGAGAAGCUCCCCCGAGGUUCCGCCCCCGAGGUCAAGGCUAAGGGUCUCCUCGGCCGAUACCAGGCCAAGCACUUCGGCAAGAACCCCACUGGCAAGCCUAUCAUUCACCUGAUUGUCUUCCUUGUCAGCAUCGGUUACGUCCAGAACUACUACUUCCACCUUCGCCACCACAAGAACAACGCUCACUAA